AGUCCCAUGAAGUCUUCCCAGGGUACAUGUUUUCCUCAGCUCCCUCUGAAGGAAUACGAAGGCCAUGCUUUACUUGGUGGGAUUUCUCCUCGUGACCGUGUGUCUCCUGGUCCUGGGUGUCAAUGUGUGGGUUCUCAUAGACCACCUCCUUACGACUGACGUGCCUCCUUCCAUUCCACACCCUCUGAAGUUUCGGAUGCUACACUACUGCUUUCUUCUGACAACCACAUGGGGGUCUAUACUUGAGAAGAUGAACAUUUGCUCCAUGCCUCAGUUUUCCCGCUUUGUACAAGACAGGCUUACAUCAAAGGAGAACCUUGGUGUGUUUGUGAAGGACCUGUAUUUUGGCACAAUCCCUGUAAGGCUCUUUUGCCCCAAGGCACCCUCCCCUAAACCCCGACGAGGCAUCCUCUUUUUCCACGGAGGAGGAGCAAUUAUUGGCAGCUUGGACACUCACCACAACCUGUGUACCUUCCUGGCUCGAGAGACAGACUCAGUGUUGGUGUCAGUGGGGUACCGAAAGCUUCCUUAUUACCACCAUCCUGCUCUAUAUCAUGAUUGCAUAAAUGCCUCCAUUCACUUCCUGAAGUCUCUGAAAGCCUAUGGGAUAGACCCCUCCCGGGUCGUGAUCUGUGGAGAGAGCAUUGGAGGUGCGGCUGCAGUUGUUGUCAUUCAGACCGUGUUGAAUAGAACAGAUAUCCCCAAGAUCCGGGCUCAGGUCCUGAUUUAUCCAAUUCUGCAGACCUUUUAUUUCCAGUCCCCAUCACAUCUGGUGAACAAAAAUAUCCCAUUCCUAACCAAAGAUUUCAUGAUGACUUGUAUUUGUAAAUAUCUGGCCAUUGAUCUCUCCUGGAAAGAUGCCAUGUUGGCAGGUGCCUGUAUAUCUCCAAGUGCCUGGAAGAAGUAUGAGAAAUGGCUAAGCCCUGACAACAUCCCUAAAAGGUUCAGGACUUCGUACCAGCCACCCGAGUCACCUGCACCUUUUAAUGAGGCUGCUUAUCUAGAAACCAAACAUGCCAUGAAUACAGACAUUUCUCCCCUCAUAGCAGAUGAUAAAAUCAUUGCUCAGCUUCCUGAGACAUUCUUAGUGAGCCUUCAUUGGGACAUUAUCCGUGAUGAUUCCUUGCUCUAUAAGAAGCGCUUGGAAGACCAGGGGGUUCCUGUGACCUGGCAUCAUGUGGAGGAUGGCUUUCAUGGAUGCUUAGUGUUGUUUGAUAAGAAGCAUUUCUCAUUCCCCUGUUGCUUGAACAUAAUGAAUGCUGUAGUCAGUUAUAUAAAAGACUUAUGAAUGACUGCUGCUCAGUGGUAGAGCAACUGCUUAGCAUGCACAAGGCCUCCCUCUAAUCCAUAGCAGGAAAGAAUAAUGAAACUUAAAAUUAAAAAAUAAAAUAAAAUAUAGAAGAUAUGACAGC